UCCAGGAACCUGCAACAACAGAAAAAAACGAUGGCAGCCUGAAAGCCCCUCUGGUGCCAACCUCCAAAUUCUCAUCUGUCACCUCAGAGCCUGCUUGGCUGUCAGAGCAGCAGAAUUUCAACUCCAAUAAACUUGAAUGUGCUCCUAGGCAAAGCAGCCAAGGUAACGAGGAAGGGGGUUGGAAGAGAUCCUCUUGGGCAUUUGUCAAGCUUUUACUUCCUGGCUGUGUGCACAGAGGGGAUUCAAGGGACAGCAGCUCUGCAGCCAGCCACCUCUCAGCAGGUCCGGGCAGCAUGAAGGCUGCGCUUUGCUUCCUGUGUGUCCUGGGAACUGCAGCUGCAAUCCCGACAAAUGCAAAGUUUCUCUCUGACCGUUCCAACCCAACUACUGCAACACUGGUGACACCGGAUCCUGUCAUUGAGGUGGAAGCUGCAGCAGACAUAGAAAACCACCCCACCAGCAAGGCUGAAGAACCACCAGCACUGAAUUCAGACGAGGAGACCCCUGAAGAGUCAACAGAACAGGACAAACCCUACAGCCAUGAGGUGGACCUUAAGGAUGAGGACAGUGACGGAGAUGUGAGUGUGAAUACAGAAUACGCACCUACAGAAAGAAUGCCGGAUCUACAAGGCGGUACCCGCGAGCCUCAGGAAGAAGAGCUCCAGGAGGAUGCCGGUUUCCCCACAACCGCUUCCAGCUCCUCCACGGAGUCUAACCACCAUGCAGACAUCGCAAAGGGAGAGGACAGCCACGGGCAACCUGACAGCGACUCGCACCAGCAGCUCAACAAGAGCGGAAAGCAUAACCCAAACUUAACAGGUGAAGAAAGCCAGAAACGAGACCCGGAUACUCCCGAUGAAGAGGAGGAAGACGAGGAAGAGCUAGAGCCAGGAGAUGGCGGCCCCAGUGAGAGCCAAGAAGGAGAAAAAGAAGAAUCUCCCGAGGAGCAGCCUACCAGCAAGCAGGAGGGAAACAGCCACCAGUCCGAUGACUCGAGUCAGCCCACUCAGGUAAGCAAGAUGCCGAAGAACGGAUUUGAGCAAGAAAACCAAGGGCAAGAGGGUGACUCCAAUGCAGAAUGGGAGGACGACACGACAGCAAGCAGCAAGAAGCACGUUCAGCAUACAGAGCAGCAGAACCAGGAGGGAAAAGCUAUUGGUAGCCAGAAGGACGCAGAGGAAAAGGCUGUUUUCACGGAGCCUACUAACGAUGGUGCUGCCGCUGUGCCUGGAAAUCGUGGGGCCAGUGAUAACGGGGGCAAUGAUGAUGCUCAGCGCGGGGCAGCCGAUGACUAUUUCAUCCCAAGCCAGGAGUUCCUAGAGGCUGAAAGAAUGCAUUCUCUUUCCUAUUACCUCAAACAUGGCGAGGAAACAGCAGACGAAAAUGAGAAUGAGAACGCACAUAAAAGUGAGGCUGGAGACGACCAAGAGGCCGAGAAAGCCGAGAGCCUGCCAAAUGCUGAACCUACUUCAGAUGAGGGCAACUCAAGGGACCCCAGCGCUGAUUCUUGCACAAACUUCCAGUGUAAAAGGGGACACACUUGCCAAACAGAUCAGCAAGGGAAGCCCCAUUGUGUUUGCCAAGAGCCAGAGACUUGUCCCCCAGCAAAAAUCCUCGACCAAGUUUGUGGCACUGACAACCAGACCUACACCAGCUCCUGUCACCUGUUUGCUACCAAGUGCAGGCUGGAAGGGACCAAAAAGGGACACCAACUGCAGUUGGAUUAUUUUGGAGCUUGCAAAUCUAUCCCUGCUUGCACGGACUUCGAAGUGGCUCAGUUUCCCCUGCGGAUGAGAGACUGGCUCAAAAACAUCCUCAUUCAGCUCUAUGAAUCGAAUCCCAAACACGACGGCUAUCUGAACGAAAAGCAAAGAAGCAAAGUCAAGAAAAUUUACCUGGAUGAAAAGAGACUCUUGGCUGGAGAUCACCCCAUUGAGCUGCUCCUGAGGGACUUCAAGAAGAACUACCACAUGUACGUGUUCCCUGUGCACUGGCAAUUUAACGAACUGGACCAACAUCCCGCAGACAGGUAAACGGCCCU